CUGAAAGGGAACGGACGGUACUUUCCGCGCCGCCCGCCCCCCCCCCGCCCUCCGCUCCUUGCCUUAUUCAGAGAACCUAAGGGACAUUCUCUUUGACCAACAACACAUGCCUCGAGAUCCGUUGUCACAAGCCCCGCGGAAAAGCUGCGCAGAUGGCUUUUUUAUUUUAAAAAGAACACAGUCCAAAAAAUCAAGCCCUGGGAUCUCCUUAGUUUUGGCCUUGCAGGAGAAAACAAAAGAGGAGCUGUGACGCUUUGCAUAGCAAGUAGCUACUGAGCUUAUUUGACAGCUCCUGGAUUUCAGCCCCAUUGGGAAAGAGGCAAAGAAUCUUCUGGUCUGCUGCAUGGCAGGCAGUCCAUGAUCUGAUGAGUGAUCAGUCUUGGGAAGACAGGAUUGUAAUCAGGCAAUUGCUUCCAGCAAAAGGUGAGAGAAAACCCUGGGAGAAUACAGCUGUUGGGUAACAUGGCCUCUACAUGCACUGGGAUACGGAUUCCACGGAUGCUGGGAUAUUGAUCAAUUCUUGCUGGCUUUGUGGAUCCAUUUGGAGAAGAUUUUCUGGGUGUCUUUCCCGCCACUUUCCAUAUCUUCGUAUUUCUCACCCACUACCAUCUCCUUUCCAGCUUGGUGCCAUGGGCUUUGAUGGUAAAAACUUUGCUGACUCACUUGCUCAUUCUUAGAUAUCUCUUUGAGAAGCCAAGCAAAUGACUGAAUAAUGCCUAUUGGUGCCUUCUAUUUUACUGAAGAUCAUUUACAGUGUGAGUUAGGUUGCACAUUGGCUGGAGCUUGAAACUUUUUUGUGUGUGUGUGAGGGUGGAAGGGAUCUGUAUAUUGGGUGCAUCUCACUUGAGCCUCUCCUACUGGGGAGGCUGCUACAACAUUCCUCCACGGUGCACCAGAAAAGCAAGAGUUAACCAUCCAGUGUGAGUGGUGACUGGAAAGAUUUUACCCUGUCUGCUCCAACCCCCCCACCACCACUCCCCCCUCCUCUUCCCCCUCUCCCCCACCCCACCCCACGAAGAAUGGGGCCUGUGCUCCUCAGGCGUGGAGGCUGCCUCCUGCUAUGGAUGGCACUGCUCCUGGGAUGCUGGGCUGAGCUUGGCAGCAGCCUAGAGUUCCCAGGAGCAGAGGGCCAGUGGACUCGCUUCCCUAAAUGGAAUGCUUGCUGUGAAAGUGAGAUGAGCUUCAACAUGAAGACCCGCAGCUCCAGUGGCCUGGUCCUCUACUUUGACGAUGAGGGCUUCUGCGACUUCUUGGAGUUAAUUCUGACCCAAGGUGGGCGGCUCCAACUCAGCUUCUCCAUCUUUUGUGCUGAACCCGCCAUCUUGCUCUCCGACAUGGCUGUCAAUGAUAACCUGUGGCAUACAGUGAUCAUCCGCCGCAAUUUUAAGAACACAACACUGCUAAUUGAUCAGGCAGAGGCUAAGUGGGUGGAGGUGAAAUCCAAGCGGCGGGACAUGACGGUCUUCAGUGGCCUCUUUCUAGGGGGUCUGCCACCUGAGCUGCGCUCAGCUACUCUAAAAGUAACACUCUCCUCAGUGAAGGAUCGGGAACCCUUCAAGGGAUGGAUAACAGAUGUAAGGGUCAAUUAUACGCAGUCCUCACCUGUGGAGAGUCAAGAAGUGCGGCUGGAUGAUGACCAAAGUCACCUGUGCGCCAGGGAUGAUGUUUGCCUCAAUGGCGGCAUCUGCUCGGUGCUCAACGACCAGGCUGUCUGCGACUGCUCCCAAACGGGCUUCCGAGGGAAGGACUGCAGCGAAGAAGACAACUAUGUGGAAGGUCUGGCGCACUUGAUGAUGGGCGACCAAGAAAUUGCUGCUUUUUUUGCAAAGCCUGAACCCCGACCCUAUCCAGGAAAAGAAGAGUACAUCGCAACAUUCAAAGGAUCAGAGUAUUUCUGCUACGACUUGUCCCAGAAUCCUAUCCAGAGCAGCAGUGACGAAAUAACCCUAUCAUUCAAAACCCUUCAGAGGAAUGGACUAAUGCUUCACACCGGAAAAUCAGCCGAUUAUGUCAACCUUGCCCUGAAAAAUGGAGCUGUCUCCUUGGUUAUUAAUUUGGGCUCAGGGGCCUUUGAAGCGCUGGUGGAACCUGUGAAUGGGAAAUUUAAUGACAAUGCCUGGCAUGAUGUGAAAGUAACCAGGAAUCUGCGUCAGCACUCAGGCAUUGGACACGCUAUGGUAAACAAACUACAUUGUUCGGUGACAAUAUCAGUGGAUGGAAUUCUGACUACGACGGGCUACACUCAAGAAGACUACACCAUGUUGGGCUCCGACGACUUUUUCUAUGUUGGAGGCAGUCCUAGCACGGCGGACUUGCCAGGGUCACCAGUCAGUAACAACUUUAUGGGCUGUCUGAAAGAGGUUGUGUAUAAAAACAACGACGUGAGGCUAGAAUUGUCUCGACUUGCCAAACAAGGAGAUCCUAAGAUGAAGAUCCACGGUGUUGUCGCAUUUAAAUGUGAAAAUGUGGCAACCUUGGAUCCAAUCACGUUCGAAACACCCGAAUCUUUUAUCUCGUUGCCAAAGUGGAAUGCCAAGAAAACAGGCUCAAUCUCCUUUGACUUCCGCACUACUGAACCAAAUGGGCUUAUCCUUUUCAGCCAUGGCAAACCGCGACAUCAAAAAGAUGCCAAACAUCCACAAAUGGUCAAAGUGGACUUCUUUGCAAUUGAGAUGUUGGAUGGUCACCUCUACCUGCUAUUGGACAUGGGAUCUGGUACAAUUAAAAUAAAAGCAUUGCAGAAGAAGGUAAAUGAUGGAGAAUGGUACCACGUCGAUUUUCAGAGAGACGGUCGAUCUGGUACUAUUUCCGUCAAUACGAUGCGUACUCCUUAUACUGCACCUGGAGAGAGUGAGAUCUUGGACCUUGAUGACGAUUUGUACCUUGGAGGCUUGCCAGAAAACAAAGCAGGGCUGGUCUUCCCGACAGAAGUUUGGACAGCACUUCUCAAUUACGGCUACGUGGGCUGCAUUCGGGACUUGUUUAUUGAUGGCCAAAGCAAAGACAUUCGCCAGAUGGCCGAAGUCCAGAGCACUUCUGGGGUGAAACCCUCCUGUUCGAGAGAAACGGCAAAGCCAUGCUUGAGCAAUCCUUGUAAAAAUAACGGUGUGUGUAGGGAUGGCUGGAACAGAUAUGUCUGUGAUUGUUCUGGUACAGGCUACCUGGGCAGAUCAUGUGAAAGAGAGGCAACCGUUCUAAGCUACGAUGGAAGUAUGUUUAUGAAAAUACAACUCCCCGUGGUGAUGCACACCGAGGCAGAGGACGUGUCAUUACGGUUCAGGUCUCAGCGGGCUUAUGGCAUUUUAAUGGCCACUACUUCUAGGGAAUCUGCUGACACGUUGCGUUUGGAGCUGGAUGCAGGACGUGUUAAGCUAACAGUCAACCUAGACUGUAUCAGGAUUAACUGUAAUUCCAGCAAAGGUCCAGAAACCCUUUUUGCUGGCUAUAACCUCAAUGACAAUGAGUGGCACACAGUGCGUGUGGUUCGACGAGGAAAAAGUUUAAAGUUAAUGGUGGAUGACCAGCAGGCGAUGACAGGUCAAAUGGCUGGGGAUCACACAAGACUGGAAUUCCAUAACAUAGAGACAGGAAUCAUCACGGAGCGCCGUUACUUGUCCUCAGUCCCUUCUAACUUCAUUGGUCAUCUGCAAAGCCUCACUUUUAAUGGCAUGACAUACAUUGACUUGUGUAAAAACGGGGACAUUGAUUACUGUGAGCUAAAUGCCCGGUUUGGCUUCAGGAACAUCAUCGCUGAUCCAGUCACCUUUAAGACCAAAGCCAGCUACGUUGCCCUGGCCACGUUGCAAGCCUAUACCUCCAUGCACCUGUUUUUCCAGUUCAAAACGACAUCGUUGGAUGGGUUAAUACUCUACAACAGCGGGGAUGGGAAUGACUUUAUUGUGGUGGAGUUAGUAAAAGGGUAUUUACACUAUGUCUUUGACCUGGGCAAUGGUGCAAAUCUUAUCAAAGGAAGCUCCAAUAAGCCUCUGAAUGACAACCAGUGGCACAAUGUGAUGAUAUCGCGGGACACCAAUAACCUUCAUACCGUGAAGAUUGACACAAAAAUCACAACCCAGAGCACAGCAGGAGCAAGAAACCUAGAUCUCAAAAGCGAUUUGUACAUUGGAGGGGUGGCAAAAGAGACCUACAAAUCCCUGCCCAAGCUGGUCCAUGCAAAGGAGGGGUUUCAAGGCUGCCUUGCCUCCGUUGAUCUGAACGGGCGCCUCCCGGAUCUCAUCUCAGAUGCUCUGUUUUGCAAUGGACAGAUAGAACGAGGAUGUGAAGGCCCUAGCACGACAUGCCAGGAGGACUCAUGUGCAAACCAAGGAGUCUGCUUGCAGCAAUGGGAUGGAUUCAGCUGUGACUGUAGCAUGACCUCUUUCAGUGGAACACUGUGCAAUGACCCGGGAACAACAUAUAUAUUUAGCAAAGGUGGUGGACAGAUCACGUAUACAUGGCCGCCGAAUGAUCGGCCCAGCACGCGAGCAGAUAGACUGGCAAUAGGGUUUAGCACAGUUCAGAAAGAAGCUGUCUUGGUGCGAGUGGAUAGCUCUACUGGGCUCGGUGAUUAUUUAGAGCUGCACAUCCACCAAGGAAAAAUUGGAGUUAAAUUUAAUGUUGGAACAGAUGAUAUCGCAAUUGAAGAGGUCAACGCAAUCAUUAAUGAUGGGAAAUACCAUGUAGUACGUUUUACAAGAAGUGGCGGUAACGCCACAUUACAGGUGGACAACUGGCCAGUUAUAGAACGCUACCCAGCAGGAAACAAUGAUAACGAGCGCCUGGCGAUUGCUAGACAGCGAAUUCCAUAUCGGCUUGGUCGAGUAGUUGAUGAAUGGCUACUCGACAAAGGGCGUCAGCUCACAAUCUUCAAUAGUCAAGCAACGAUAAAAAUUGGAGGCAAGGAACGGGGUCAUCCAUUUCAGGGCCAGCUUUCCGGACUCUACUACAAUGGCUUGAAAGUCCUGAACAUGGCUGCCGAGAGCGAUGCCAACAUAGUGAUAGAAGGGAACGUGAGACUUGUUGGUGAAGUGCCUUCCUCUAUGACAACUGAGUCAACCGCCACUGCAAUGCAGUCUGAGAUGUCCACGUCGGUCAUGGAAACCACCACCACUCUGGCUACAAGCACAGCUAGAAGAGGAAAGCCACCUACAAAAGAACCCAUUGGUCAGACCACGGAUGACAUCCUCGUGGCCUCAGCCGAAUGCCCCAGCGACGAUGAGGACAUCGAUCCCUGUGAGCCGAGCUCAGGUGGGUUAGCAAGUCCUACCAAGCCUGGACGGGGUGGAUACCCAAAUUCGGAUGAGGUGGUUCGGGAAUCCAGCAGCACAACUGGCAUGGUGGUUGGGAUUGUGGCCGCAGCUGCUCUGUGCAUCCUCAUCCUCCUCUAUGCCAUGUACAAGUACAGAAACCGGGAUGAAGGCUCCUAUCAUGUUGACGAGAGUCGAAACUACAUCAGUAACUCAGCACAGUCCAAUGGGGCUGUGAUUAAGGAAAAGCAACCCAACAGCUCUAAAAGCUCCAACAAAAAUAAGAAAAACAAGGAUAAGGAGUACUACGUCUGAUCCUGACAGCCGGAAGAACAAUUGUAUAGAAAUAGUCUUCAUUUUAUCUGAGACAUAAAACAAAACUUAUUUACUUUACUUUUUAUGAAGCACAUACAAAGUUUAAAAAAAUGGGAAAAAAGAACACAGGGAAUGCAAUCAGAAAGGAAAGACUUUUUUUUAAGAAAAAAAAGGAAAGAAAAAAAUGAAAUACGCAUUUCAUGCUCUUGUUUCACCGAAACAGGAGUCAAUAAAUCCCCCAACAUCCACAGUGUUUUCAUUUACUCUGCUGUCUUUAUGUUGCUGGAAUGUUUCUGAAGAUGAUGUUGGUACUACCGCACAUGCAUAAGACAAGGAGUAUUACUACUACAACAUCACCCAGCACAACAUGAACUGUAAUGAACUGUAACAAUCAAAAAUGAAAUCACACACAAACACACACACACAAAGAAGCUACCUAUGAGUCUGGAUUUAGCCAAAGUGCUAGCGCUUUCCUGAGGAGUAAGUUAGUCUGAUUACCUGAGAAGACUUUGUCGUCCUUCACAAGCGCUCAACAAGCAAACCUCAAUGAGUUUGCUGCCCAGUGCAACAAAGCAAUGAUUGGAGCUUGGGUUUGAAGUGAAGUGCUGGCUUUUCUGAAUAAACCACAUUUUAAAAAAAGAAAGAAAACACUUUCAAAAGAAGCCCCUUUCUGGUUGUGAGGAAAACAGUAUAGCGGCCUUAUUUUCAAAAUUAUAAUAAUAAUAAACAAACAAAAGAAGUGAAAUAUAAGGCUUAUUUUCACACACCACUAACAAACAAACCUGAGGGCAUAGAUGCAAUCACUGGAAAAAAAAUUUCAUGCACGCUUAAUAUGUUAUUACAUAUGUUUAUAUAAAAAAACACAUCUAUAUGUGCUUUCUGGACUGUGAUAAGUGAUGUUUUCUAGCCUGUUGUAUAGAAAAUGCAAACUAUAUCUGCUCUUCAACCAUUUUUGGUAAACUCAAUGUUCUAAGUGUUGCUAGGUAUAGAACGUUUUACGACAUCUGGAGCAACCGACAUUUCUGUUUACUUUUGCAGCCAUGAGAAACUGCCACAAGUUUUCUUCCCCUCCUGCACCUGGUUCUCCUCUUCCUCCUCCUCCUUCUUUUGGUUUUGUUUUAAUUUACAGUGUAGUGAAUAUACUAAGAGGGAUGUGUAUGAAUGUAUAUAAGAGUCAGCUAAUUUUCUUCUUAACCUGUACAGCCUCUCUCUUCUGUUGCAGUUCAGUUUUAGUAGUUUGUAUGAAAGAAGUGGAUUUAGAAAGCAAAUAUAUAUAGAUAUAAACAUCGUAAUUUUCUUCUCCAAUUGCCUAUCCACUCCCAGUAUACAUUAGCAUAACCAAUCAAAAUACUGUGUUUCUCCACUCCCCCUACUAAAUGACACAAAUCUGGUUAUUCUUAUUUUAAGUGACCUUUGCAUUCCAGAUGACAUCAUUGGCUAGUGUGGUUGGCUACUCCCCAGGAACUGAGGGGAAGAUCUAAUUCCAUGGAAUUCUUUGUCCAAAUGGGUAUGACCACAUAGCAUUUACCUGGUGUCUACAACAACAUAGCCACCAUAAAGUUGGUCAGUAAGAGAAUUCAGAAGUCUGCCUUUUAAAUUACUCCAGUUCCUCUCACUAAAGCUUUCCUCCAUUAUCAAAGACAUAGAACAUUAUGAACACAAACAGCAUGUAGAGCAAGAUUCCAAGUUUCACAUUUUGUUACAUGAAGAGCUAUUCCAUACUUCAUCUGUUUUAUUUUUACUUUUUAAAAAUUUAUCCCUUCUUUUCUCUGCACUAAAACAAAAUCUCCUCUUCUAAGCCAAGUGGGUGCAGUCGUUUUGUUUUAUAUAUUCCUUAAGCUUCUCCACAUAGAAAAACACUUAAUGCAUUUUGGUUUAAAUUCACGCUUAUAUUCUGAAGGGUUUGGGGUUUUUUGUUUUGUUUUAGAAAAAGAUUGCUCCAUUGGGUUCCCAACAAUAAGUCAUUGUGUUAAUACCUCACUUAGUGAAAGAGAUGCAAAAGGAAUACAUUAGGCCGAAAGACUGUAGUUUAGGAGAGAAUCAACUAUAUUCUGGAAGGCCUCCUGUAAUGAGUAGAAUUGUUCACAGUUUACAGACAGGAAAGAGGAAUUUAAAAUUAGCUUUAACCAGCAGGGCAGCAUUAUCUUCUUGUGUGUUGUUCACUGCCACUGAGGCAUAGCAUUGGGAUUUGGCGGAGUGCUCAGACUUUGACGCAGCAAUACUUUAGGAACACAUGUAAAACUGUCUUGGUAUUGCCUCCCUUGGAAACUGCCAAAUGAUUUGAUCAUGCUGUAUGUCAAGGGCUCCCCCCCACACUUUUGUGAUGCUUGUGAAUACUGAAGAAAGUGUUGGGUAAUGGUACAUAGCAUUAAAGUUCACCUAAAGGUGGUCUGCCCAUUUGUUCCCCUGAUGUGCCACCUUUCUCAGUUACUCAUGCUCAGGGGAGGACAGUGAAUGGGUGCAUCCCGGAACCACGAGGAAAAUCUGACUCUCAUGCUCACAGUAAAACAGGAAGACAAGUAAGAAAUGAACGUCCAUAACCAUAAGGCUAUGUGGAAAGGGAGAGGGAUGUUGAUAUCCUUGGAGUUCUCAACCAGUGCCACAAUCCAAGCUUAUGGCAAGGUUAUUUUGUGACUUCAUAUUGACUCUGUUAUAACUUACCUAACUUGGCCAGAUUGUUUUUUCCAAGCAAUUAACACAAUUACUUUAAGGAAUAUGUGAUAAGGGAUUGCUCUUUCUAGCAAAGGCAAUUUAAAGUUGUUUUUUGGGAGGGUUACUCCUGUUCUUCCUUGUUGAUUUUGUGGUUUAAUAACGAACAAAAAGUGUUUGCAUUUAUCAAAUGUUACAGUAGCUAUAUUAAAAUACUUUUCUCUUUUCAAAAUACAUAACAAAUACAUUAAUUCCAUCUCUAUAAUAAUCUAAUUUGUUUGACUAAGGCUGCAGUUCUAUGCACACUUGCUAGGGACCAAGUCUCACUGAAGUCAGUGGGUCUUCCUCAGUAAAUUUGCUUAGGAUUGUGCUGUGAGAUGGCUUUUUUAAAAUUACUGUAUUGUGUUGCCUUUUUUUUAACAAUACACUAAAAUAACGUGUGAAAUUAUUUAUUCCCAAAAUAUCAAAAAGAGGUCAGAAGCCCUUAACCUUAUAGUGCUUUCUGUGAUAGAUAUUUACAAUUUUUUUUAUUUGUUGCAAGGCCAAUUUAUCCAUUAUUGGAAAUGCUAAGCAAGUGGAAUUUACCGUUUUGUUAAUAAAAUGUUUCUUAAUACAA